AUAUAUAUAUAUAUAUAGUAUAUAUACAUAUAUAAAUAAAUAAAUAAUAUAUCCUCCAUCUAAGCUAAAGGAAAUUCCAUUUCUUCUGGUUUUUGUAUAAAAGGAGUGGAAUAACCAAGAAAAACAAGGACCUUUGGGGGAAGAGAGAAAAGAGGAGAGAGAAAGGAAAAGUGAGAGGAUGAGCAUACUCUGUGCUUUCAUUUACGUGUAAUUCCUCUCAUUAGAUCUUGGUUUUUUUCCCCAGGAUUUCCAAUCUGUUUCUCCUUUCUUCCCAAAUGGUUUGCGAGUGUUGAAUCUUAACCGAAUGAAUCAAGGAUCCGAUGAUUUUAUAUUAAUUCCUGCAUUUCCCACUUUAUAAUUUUUUUGAUCAGUUACUGCUGCUGCGCUCCGCUGCUGCCUGAUUUUCUGGAUAAGAAAAGAUGGAGAUGGAUCAAGGUAAGCUGUUUAUAGGUGGGAUUUCAUGGGACACGAAUGAGGAUCGUCUUAGAGAGCAUUUCGGAGCGUACGGGCAAGUGGUGGAGGCAGUUAUCAUGCGUGAUCGGACCACCGGCCGUGCACGCGGCUUUGGCUUCGUGGUUUUUGCCGAACCUGCAGUUGCAGAAAGAGUGGUCAAGGAGAAGCACAUUAUCGAUGGAAGAACUGUGGAAGCAAAGAAAGCUGUUCCGAGGGAUGACCAGCAUCUGAUAAACCGAAACAGCGGCGGCAGCAACCAGGGGUCACCGCCCCCCGCACGAACUAAAAAGAUUUUCGUGGGAGGAUUGGCAUCUACGGUCAAUGAAAACGACUUCAAGACGUACUUCGAUCAGUUCGGUGCAAUAACAGACGUUGUAGUAAUGUACGACCACAACACUCAAAGGCCAAGAGGCUUCGGUUUCAUUACGUACGAUUCGGAGGAGGCAGUGGACAGGGUUUUGCACAAAACUUUCCACGAACUCAACGGUAAGAUGGUCGAGGUAAAACGGGCCGUUCCGAAAGAGCUUUCUUCUCCGGGGCCCACAAGGAGCCCACUCGUCGGUUACAACUACGGUCUCAGCAGAGCCAACAACAACUUCCUAAGUAACUAUCCACAGGGGUAUAAUCUGAACUCGGUUGGAGGGUUUGGAGUGAGAAUGGACGGUAGAUAUAGCCCGUUAACUAGCGGUCGUGGUGGUUUCUCGCAUUUGAGUUCUACUGGUUAUGGAAUGGGAGUGAAUAUGGAGCAAGGUUUGAGCAGUAGUGGCUUUGGAGGGGGGUCGAGCUUUAGCAGUAACCUAGGCUAUGGCAGAGUUUUGAACCCGUACUUUGGGACUAGUCAGAGCAGGUACAAUACUCCUAUUGGGUAUAAUGGAAGUGGAAGCAGAGGCGAUUCUUUACUCAACUCACCAUCAAGAAACGUAUGGGGAAACGGUGGAGUUAAUAAUAGUUCAUCCAAUAACAACAAUAAUAAUAAUGUUGGAUCUGCUUCGUACUUAGGUUCGGGAAGUGGCGGCGGUGGAUUUGGAGUGUUUGGAAAUAACGGAGCGAAUUGGGGUGCUUCUCCGAUUAUGGCUUCACUUGGAGGAGGGAGUUCUUCUGGCUAUGGUGGGUCGAAUUUUGGCUAUAGAGGUGGAGAGAGCAGUUAUGGAUUUGGAAGGAAUAAUAAUGCAACAGGUGUGGGGGCCACAGUGUCUUCGUUUGCUGCCUCGGGCGGUGGUGGUGACUAUGAGGGAGGAUAUGGGGACUUCUAUCGAGGUGGCUCUGCGUACGGCGGCGAUCCUAGGUGGCAAACAUCAUCUCCUGAGCUGGUUAAUUCUGGCUCGUUUGGUUAUGGGCUUGGGAAUACGGAAGACGCUGCUGCUAAAGAAUCUGAGGAAUAUGUGGGCUACGACAUUCAAAAUAGACAGUCCAGUAGAGGAAUUGCUACUUAGGAAACUUUCAGCAUACUGAAGAUCGAUAAAUGUAGGGGAGGAGACUUACAAAAAAAGAGCUGUGACUUCCGUAUCUAUCCCUCAUAGAUACAUACAUAUACAUAUAUCUCAGCUUAUAAUGGUAUCCAUGCUUGGUUCAUAAAAAAAUAUACAUGUUCACACAGAGCAGCACUUGAGGUUCGGUUCGGUUCGAUCCUUAAUAUAUAACUUAGAAUUUUCAUUUUAUCGGCAUUUUGAUUGAGAUGUAAAUCACAUUGCGGGAUAUUACUACCGGAAGAUCCUUUCUAGCUUUAUUUGUUACGACACUCUUCAACACAAAGACGGUACUGCUGUCUCGUAGACAGACGCAUUGGAAGGGUAGAAAGUUGUAUUUUUUUUCUUUCUUCUUUUUUAUAUUCAUUUUCUUUUCUUCUUCGUUUUUUCUUUUUUUUUUUUUCUUUAUUUCUUUUCCUGUUUUUUUUUCGGCUCUAAUGACUGGCGAAAUCGUUCGUUCUUGUCUUGUUGUACGUGAGGGUUAUGUUUGAUUUGCUAGUGUGAAAUAACCAGUUGAAAACAAACUGUGAUAUGAUUUGCUCAUUUUGCUGGAGGUUUCUUUCUGUAUCUGAUAGGUUCAAACAUUUGUUGUUGUGUAUGAAAAUAGAUGUUGUAGAACGAGGAAUAGACACAGAUUCUUUAAUCAUGUAUUCAUACUUUAUGGUUUUUUUUUUUAU